UUGACAGUGAAGUGUGUAGUCAGUGUCCUUAAUUACAACUUUCCUGCUUGUCCCCAAAUCCCUCGUGCAUUCAUCUUUUUCUGUCUCUUUUCCUACGUGUCACACAACACACUGCACAGAGAGAGAUAUCAAAGAGAGAGAUCAGAGAGAGAGAUCAUACUGAGAGAGAUCAGAGGGAGAGAGAGUCUUGUACACACUCAUUUCAAGAAUUCCCAUAACCCCAGCUGGCUUUAUUCCUACAUUGGAUCUGGGCUUUCCUCAAUCACUCCCCCAAAGGGUUUUCUUAUCUGUUUUUGAAAAAAGCAUGUGGGAUUGUGUUAAGAGGCUUUUAAGGAGAUGAUACAUUUACUUUGGUGAUUUGGGUUUGGGUUAAAUUUAUUGAUCAGGAUUGGUGGUGUGUUCUUGAGAGUGUAGCGAGGUUUUCUGGAAGAUUCGGGUGGUUGUAUGUUCGUAUAGUGUCCAAUUUUCUGUGUAGACAAGAGUUUUAAGGCUUUUGAGGAAGGAGAAGUAGGAUCCCUGAUGGAUCAACAUCCAGUGAUAGAAAGAGACUUUGGAGUUGAUCUUGAGGCUGGUGAGACGACUAGUGAUCAAGCGGAACGAGCUGACAAUGUCUCAGCUGCCAAGUUGGAAAGAAUUUUUUUUAACAAGUUAUGUAAAGGAUUUGAUAGUGUUGAUGCUCUGGAGAAGGCUGGAAAUGGGGUGAGUUUGGGUUUAUCAAAUGGCAGUGUCACUUCUCCACAGGAAGUGAAGUUGUUGGUGGAUGAAAAGGUGCAGGCAACAGUGGUUGUUGAUUUUAAAGAGCACAAAACAGGGAAGGAGAAACGUAAAACUAAAAGUGCCACGAAACCUCCCCGACCACCUAGAGGUCUGUCAUUGGAUGCUUAUGACCAGAAGCUUAUUAAAGAGAUCGCACAAUUAGCGAUGAUGAAACGGGCAAGGGUUGAGCGAAUUAAGGCAUUGAAGAAAAUAAAAGCUGCCAAGGCCUCAUCAUCAUCGAGUGGAAACCUCUUUGCCAUGCUCUUCACCAUUGUUUUCUUUCUUGUGAUACUCUUUCAAGGUGUGCCCUCUAGAUCUUCUGAAACAAGUUUCCCAGGCUCUCCAGAGUCCGCUAUUGAGGAUGGUUCCUUACUACAUGGAAACUACUUGAAUUUAUCUCUUACUGGUACUAAUGUACUCAGGCCCGUAUCUCCCAACAGUCCUGCACGACAGAUUUCUACUUCAAGUCCUGAUAAUAAAAGGAGCAAAGAAGCAAGAUGAAAUGGCAUCUGAAGUUUACAUCCUUAUACACACAAUAAUAAGAAUAUGAAUUUGUCAAGCUUCUUGGAGUUCAUGCAAAAGACUUUUUUGAGUUGUGGCGUCUAACAAUAAGCAAUGCAAGUGCUGUAAGCCUGAUCAUUACUCAAGGCACUUUUAAUGCAGUCUCUGGUGGCUUCUUUUAUAAGCCAGUAUUAUCACAUGUCCAGUUUUAUGCAGAUUUUCUAUGUUUUCACCAAAUGGUCAGGGCCUCCGAUCCGAAGAUUUCCUGUUAAAAUCUGAUAUUCCAGGGCAAAGUCCAACAGCUGGUUAGUGUAAUUUGUAAAUACAAUAGACAUGUUAUAUUAUUCUAGAUCAUGGUGAUUGUAGCCACAAUAAGUUUCAUGCUGACAAUAAUGAUGAAUAAAAUUUCCGUAAAUCAAUAUAGAGUUGAUUUUGCUUUAA